AUGCUGCUCACCAUGUGGUCGCUCACUUGCGACGACCUGCGGCUCAUGUACACCGAGAAGCCCGCAGAUCCAAUAUUCAAUUGCGUGAGCAUCGCGUGUAUGUUGUUUUUCUUGAUCGACAUCAUCCUGAAUUGUAUGGCCUCGCGCGAUUACCAGGGAAGCUUCUUCAUGUUUCUCGACGUCAUCGCCACGGCGUCGAUGGUUUUCGACAUCACCUGGGUGAUGGAGAGCCUGGUCGGCGGCAGCAGCGGAGGGGAGAACGACGGUGGGGCCCUGCGGGGCGGGCGGUCAGCCAAGAUCGGCGCGAGGCUGACGCGCAUCUUCCGCGUGGUGCGCCUCGUGCGCGUCGCGAAGCUCUACCAGAGUGCGCAGGCGCUGAACAGGCACUCGCGCGAUCGCCACGGCUCGACCCUGGGCGAGGCGGAGGGCCUGCCUGGCACCGAGAGCGACGACGCCGGCGAGGAGGGAGCCGUGAGGAGCGAGAGCCAGAUCGGCAGGAGGCUGUCCGACCUGACGAUCCGGGUGCUCAUCUCCCUCAUCUUGGCGCUGCUGCUUGUGCUGCCGCUCCUGAAGCAGGAGGAGGUCGGGCUGCUCCCCUUCUCUGCCGACUAUGGCGCCACCGCCGUCUGGCAGGCCUUCCAGGCGUACAGCGACGGCUCCCUGGACAGGGCGGCCUACGAGGAGUCGUUGCUCAG